AUGGACAUGUUGCAGCUUGAUAUGCUGUUUAGCGCAAAUGGCACCCCUUUAACGGCCCCUCUACAGGAGGCUGCCAAACAACGCGGGAAUAUCCCAGGCGAUAUCGAGAACUUGUUUCACUUUCCGGGCCAUCCUGACGGGAAGGUCCGUCUGUGGGUCGUUGACCGCAUCUUGGAACCCCAAACCGUUGCGCAUUUCCUGGAGUUUCUCGGGAUGGGCCUCCUGCCUGCGAACCGUGCACGACCUACUGGAGAGGAAGUUGGGAAUCUGAUGAAGCCAUACUCUGCCUGGGCCCCUGCUCCAUUCAAUCAAAUUACACGACCUGCAGUCGAGUCGAUCAUGAUUCGGAUUGGCUCUUUUGAAGAUCCAAGGCGGCUAGUAUGUAUCGCCAAGGAACUUCAUGCGAUGAAAUCUCGGAUAUGGGAAGGGAUCCUGCCGUUGUCUGAGAGACGCUGGAAAGACUUGAACCUGGAUGAUCCGGAAUACUUCCACAUUGCUUGCCGCUAUAUUGCCUCAGUCAUCAAUGUGUUCCAUUACCUCAAUCAUAGUGGAGUGAGCCGCGCCUUACGAGAGACCUUUAAUCUGAUAUCGGACCACCUGAAAGAGGCUGAGCAAGCAUUGAAUGCAGCACGGAGACUAGCUUCCGCGGACGGUACAUACCAGCGCGUGUCCUUGACAGAUUUAUGGUACGAAUUUAUGAGAGCCCACUACGACGACAUCUGCUCGAGGGCUCAUCAUUGGGUCAUCGAACACAUUCAACGUCUUCGUGCCCCGAUUCUGGAACAGCUCGCCAACUACCAACCCGAAUACGACUACGACCUGACACAAUGGGCUCUGGCUGACGCUCUUCACGAUCUGGCCGAAAAUGCCUCCCAAGCCGAUUCUACAAUAUUUAUACCCACAAACGGGUACAAGGGAAAUCCACAGCCUGCCUCCGCGUCCGAGAACGACCCAGGCGACCCUAUUCCUGGGUUUCUCGUCGAGCCUAUUGUCUGGUCUCCGAGUCUUUACCGACGGAGGAACACUUACAACGCCCGUGUCAGAUUUCUUUCCCGCCUAGAGAUGUAUUCAGAUCCUCAUUAUUUAGCACCUUACCUGAGGGAACCAGACUAUGUUUCAUCUGAUGUAAUAAUUACAGCGCGCAGCCAGGUCAUAGCCCAGGCCAGGGCACGACAAGAACUCCGUGGUGAAGAGCCGCCUCCGGGCCUUGACCCUUGGGUUACUCUGAUUCGACGUCACGUCCAUAAUCGCCCGAACUGUGGUUACGUGGUCUAUCGACUCAGUCAUAGCAACCCUGAAAAAUGGGACGACUUCAAAGCAAAGUUCGAAGCAGAUAUCUCGAACUGGGGCCAAGAAAUCUCCGACAUCGACGACGUUCGUGAAGUUUGCGAGCUUCAUUGGCUGGAUGGAAAGGAUUUGGAGAUCAAGGAUGGUGACAUCGAAGCGGCGAGGAAGCACUUCAACACAUAUGUCAAGUCUGAGGAUGUCUCCAACAAAGUUCACAAAGACGUCUUGCUUGUUAUCGACGAUUAUGUUAUAAAAUCGUACCUUGAUCAAGCCGAAGCCAACCUCGGGUUUGUUCUUGCAGUAGAGGCGGAAUAUGAACCGUCGGAGGACAACGAAGAGUCACCCGGGUAUUCGGGAACAUUGCGCGUUCUCGGUAGUCUUUUGUGGGAUGACCUUGGAGCUAUGCUGGUCACUCAGGGACCGCAUCUUGUUGACCUUUGGCCGCUUGCAAUGGCCCACCCUAACUCCAUUUACAUGGGCCCUAGGCUCACCCAGGUCCUUCGGUUCACAUCUUUGGCGGAAACGACGCGGUGGCAACUGGCGAACGCCCUGUUCCCCUCUCUAGUGCAGUACAGGAUUUCCACGAAUCAACGAUGA